AUGGACGACUACUUCCCAAUGCCUGCUAAACUAAGGAACAAUGAUCCUGCGGAUAUCAUGUUCCGAAGGUUAGGCAGGUUACAGAUACAAUUCGAUCACUUGGCCAAAGAUAUCACAUCCAUGCAACCCAAAAGUGCUUCGGUCUCUACAAAAAUGGGGUGUAAAAAUAAGCCGGUAACUGGCUCUUUGAAGGAAAGAAACUCGGUCUGGGAACAAGAACCGAAGAAACGGCUAUUCCCAAUACUCGUCCACGACAUCAUGCGCCUUAUAGUGGACGACGUCUGCCCUAAUAUCGAGACGGGUGCCCUCCUUUCCGCAUCUAAAGGAGGAUCAGCGGCGUUAAAAUCAAUGAGACUAUUCUACAGGGCAAACAGCUAUUUUUCCGACCUAGUGACGCCAAAAUUAUUCAGCAACGUUGCUAUAGGGAAGGCCAGACUCAUAGAUGACAUCCCUUCCA